AUGGCGUCCGCAGCAGUAGAGGCAAUGCCACCGAUAGACGUGGCGAACACGAAUGCGAGUGAUAAGGCGGCGGCAGUAGACAACGCGCUGGGGCACAACGCUGCGACUACAAGCAUCAUCUCUGAACCAGUUGAACCUCCGGUGGACCCAAAUCAUGAGGAAUACCAAUACCUCAAGCUCAUCCGCGACAUCCUCGACAACGGCGAGCACAGGCCCGACAGGACCGGCACAGGCACUCUCUCCAUCUUCGCACCCACCCCCCUAAAAUUCACCCUCACCUCCCCCAGCGGCUCCCCCAUCCUCCCGCUCCUCACAACAAAGCGCGUCUUCCUCCGCGCCGUCCUCGCCGAGCUCCUCUGGUUCAUCAGUGGCUCCACCUCCUCCCUCCCCCUCUCCGAAGCCAGCAUCAAGAUCUGGGACGGUAAUGGAUCGCGCGCCUACCUCGAUAGCAUUGGGCUCACGGAGCGCGCGGAGGGUGACCUGGGCCCUGUUUACGGAUUCCAGUGGCGGCACUUUGGGGCCAAGUACGUGGACGCUCAGACGGACUACACGGGGCAGGGCGUGGAUCAGUUGGCAGAGGUAAUUCACAAGCUGCGCCAUACGCCGUAUGAUCGUCGUAUUAUCCUGAGUGCAUGGAACCCAGCGGAUCUGAAGAUCAUGGCGCUGCCGCCGUGUCAUAUGUUUGCGCAGUUCUAUGUCAGCUAUCCGCGCACGAAGAAGGGCCAGGAGGGAGAGAAGAUGAAGGGGCACCUGCAUUGCCAGCUAUAUCAGCGUAGUUGUGAUAUGGGCUUGGGCGUGCCAUUUAAUAUUGCGAGUUAUGCGCUGCUGACGCAUAUGCUGGCGCAUGUGUGUGACCUCGUGCCAGGAACGUUCACGCAUACGAUGGGGGAUGCGCAUGUGUAUCUUGAUCAUGUGGAGGCGCUGGAGGUGCAGUUGGAGAGGCAGCCCAGGGAGUUUCCGGGGUUAGAGAUUAAGCGGGAGAAGGGGGGGGAGGUGGAUGGGUGGGCGCUGGAGGACUUUGAGGUCGUGGGGUAUAAGCCGCACAAGGGUAUUGCUAUGAAGAUGAGUGUUUAA